AUGUCGGACACGCUCUACCCGGGCCGGAUGCGCCGACCGAUCGCAACAGCAACAACUCCAAAACAGCCAUCAAACUCACUCAUCAACUUGCUCGUCUCCAUCAUCAUCAACCUACUCAGAUCGGACCUCAUCCAAUCAGCACUCUUCUUCUCCGAAAGACUCCAUGCACUCAUCCCAUCCUCAGAGCUAGCAACCUGGCUACUCUCACUCUGUCUUCUCAGGGCCAAGGACUACCAGGCAACGGUCCACCUCCUCAGGAACGCGCCCAUCUUCAUCCCGAACCUACCCCCCACAGCCUCAAAUCAUCAACAGCAACAACACCCACAACAGUCAAACUCAGGGAAUCAGAAGGGGAAAGGGAAGCUACUCGAUGAAGACCCAUUCAACUUCCACAGCUCACCCGCCCCAGCCCCCAAGAAACAGGACAACUCGAUCUUUGAUCAGUCACCAAAAGGCACUCAGCGCCCUGCCAAUCUGGCUAGUACCCGAUGUGCACUCGUUUACUCCAAAGCGUGUAGCCUCAUCGAUCGACCUAAGGAAGGCCUGGAAGUGUACUUGCAAGCAAUAGACGAAUUCGGAAUGUCCUCUGCUGAAGAAGUUUCAAUGCUCAACUCCACUUUCAACUCUGACCAGUCUACAUCCUCCGCUUACACCCACCUGGCCACGCUGUCAUACCAGUCGCAUGAAUACGAGAAAGCCAACCGGUUCUAUCGAAAGGCACUCGAGGCCACCUCCGAUGGCCAUCUCUGCUGGGAAGCAUUCGAAGGAUUGUGCCAGACGGUUUCGGCUGAGGAGGAUGUCGAUCCCGAGGAGAUCUUCUGUGUCAAAGAUUUCGAACACUUUCUACCCGGAUACAUGGAACUAGACGACCAAUACAUCAUCUGCACCUCGAAAGCCUCCACAAAUACCCGACAGCCAAGCAGUCUUCCGAUCAUCUCCAAUGCUCCCAUCAAACCCAAACCACCCCCUCUGGCCCCCAAGGACGCCUUCCGAAUCAUGGGCAACAACGGCCUCUACCGCCACAAACAGAUGUUGAUCGACAACUCAUUUGGCGAGAGCAGUCGGAACAGCAGCUUUGCCGUCAACUCUUUCGAUCGCCCGUGCUAUGCUCCCAAACAGCCCAUCCUGCCGCCCAACCAACGUGCUCCUCAGCCCAAGUCGAACCAUACCAAGAUGGAACUCCCUUCAACACCCAACCUGAAUCACGGCAGCCCCCUCCCGCCUAGGUCCUUCAACUUCGCCCUCGGAGAACCACCCCGGCACCGCUCGGAUUCGGUCUACAAUCCCGUGCCAAUCUCCUCGACACCAAACUUGCGACACGGCUUCGAGCAUAAUCAUCUGAGCUCUGCCAACCAUCCACCUCCGAUGCCUGCGCCCUCGCCCCUAUCAUUCACUGGUAACCCUUACGCGAAAAGUCCGUGCGACUAUCCGUCUCCGUUACCGGCAAUGGAUCAGCAGGGCCGAGGACUGGUGAGCGUCAAACGAACGCGCUCCCAGACCCAGUCCCAAGAUCUAUCCCGCAGCUCGACCAGUGCACCCACUUCGACGGCAACGUCGAGUGAGAUUCAUUUGACUAAUACCCAAAGCGAUGGGAGCUCGAAGGUGAACUCCCAACCAACAACAUCAACAACGGCGACGGCGACGACGGCAACGACCCAACCUCAGACGCCUAAGCUGGCCAACGGAAGACUGCUGUCGAGACGCGAAAUGAUCGACAGUGGCCGGCUGCUCAAGGUGGCCGGCCUUCGCGAAACCAAGCGGGUGAAAAGCGGUACUAACUUGGUGCAUCCGGACCGUCAAUCGACUCCCAGCGUCGCGUCCGAUCGGCCCCCGUCAUCCUUCCCGCCCCACACCUCCUCAUCCUUCAACCCCGCAGCUCCCCUCGCCUCGCGCUUCAGACGCGACAAAAUUGAGGCGAUCAAUUGGGUCAAAGACCUCCUCUUCAAACUCGCCGCCGCCCAGCUCGCCCUCGCCCGUUUCAAAUCUCAGGACGCUCUCGAUUCUCUGGCCGCUCUCCCUACUGAACAGAAACGCAGCUGGAGAAUCUACUGUCUCAUUGGUCGAGCCAGGUUCGAAAUGCUGGACUACAAAUCGGCUGAAAUUGCGUUCCGAAAAGCCCGAGAAUGUUUCCCUCACCUGGUCACUCACAUGGACAUCUACUCGACCUUGCUCUGGCACUUACGCAAGACAACGACGCUCUCGUAUCUAUCGCAGGAGCUCCAGCUGAUCAAUCCGGGAGCAUCGGAGACGUGGAUUGCGACGGGGAACUUAUUCAGUCGGCUGGACGACCACCCGAACGCGCUGAAAUGUUUCCAACGAUCGACGCAACUAUCGCGGACGGAGUCCUAUGGAUACACGUUAUCGGGGCACGAGAGUCUGAUGCUCUCCGAAUACUCGCGCAGCCUAGUCUUUUUCCGCGAGUCGAUCCGCAGGAACUCGCGCAGCAACUACAAUGCGUUUUUCGGCUUGGGCGAGUGUUUCUUCAAGCAAGAUCGCUUCAGACUCGCCCUCUUCUUCUUCAACCAUGCCCGCGUUAUCAACCCCCAUAACCCCCUCAUCCUCGCUGGCGUCGCGAAGGUCUAUCAGGCCGUCGGCAACCUUAACCUGGCCCUUAACGUCUUCAACCUCGCUAUCGAUCAUGGCCAUUCCUCCGUCGCUAGUGUCCGUUUCUCUCGCGCCAAGAUCCUAUUCGAACUAGGCCACCUAGAAGACGCGAAAGAAGAUCUCAUCAAGUUGAUCGACCUUGUCCCGACCGAAUUCAAUGUCCGCUUCCUGCUAGGCAAGAUCUACGGGCGCCUGAAGAACCAUCGUGAGGCCAUAAAACACCUCACCUAUGCUGUCGACCUCGAGCCUAAGGCCGUCGCCGUCGUCAAGAAAAUCAUCAGCGAUUUCAAGUCUACGUCUUUCGAUCAGUCGGGCUCCGGCGGCCAUUAA